CGGCCCAGAAUUUUAAGAAAAAUGUUAAUGAACAUUCGUAGCUUUACCCCUCCCUAGACAGGAACAUUUAUUGCCAUUUUGGUUGGUUGGCGCCAUAUUCAACAUUGAUUUGUGUCCUCUGUGUUGCGAUAUGUURUUUUCAAAGUCUUUUCAAUAACGUAUCUUCGACUUCUAACCUAUUUUUGUGUUUUAACCGAUAAGCAAGGUAUUAGCUAUAGUUKUGUGGAUUUUUUUACUCCUUUUCUCUCAAAUGUGACGAAUUUCGUCUUGGCCGAGGCCGGGGAAGUUAUCAUGUCAUUGGCAAGGGAACUGAGCUCAUUUCCCUUCCCUCCUCAACAUCURUACAAACUAAACAAGGCAGGAUAUGUAACGGUCGAAGACCUCAAAGGUGUGAGUCCAACACAGUUAAGUGAAGAUUUAGAUACAACAAGAGAGGAAGCACUUGGCAUUUUACAAACUAUCAGAAAGAAGCCAUCUUUAUCAACAUCAGAAAAUGGAGGUCAGACUAAUGUGACGUCUAGUCCAMGAAGCAGAAGUGCCUUAGAAAUGUUACAACAAGAACAGGAAGCCAGUUGUAUUGUCACAUUUUGUGAGCGGCUUGAUGAUAUGCUUGGUGGUGGUGUACCUACUGGAAAAAUAACAGAGUUCUGUGGAGCACCYGGCAUUGGGAAGACACAAAUUGGGAUGCAAUUAGCUGUUGAUGURCAGAUUCCAGAGGAGUUUGGUGGAGUGGAUGGAGCAGCCAUCUAUAUAGAUACAGAAGGAAGUUUCAUAGUUGAAAGAGUUGUUGACAUUGCUUCUGCUGCAAUCAAGCACUUAGAAAAUGUUAUUGAAUCUGCAGAUUUGGAUGAAUCUGAAAGAAACCUUCAAGUUGAUUCUCUCAAUGAAUUCAAUGUGGAAAAGAUUUUAUCUCGUAUCUAUGUAUUUCGCUGUCAUGAGUAUAUUCAGUUGAUUGCUCUAUCCCAUCUACUGCCAGAGUUCCUCAAAGAACAUUCCAAGGUCAAAUUAAUUGUUCUGGAUAGUAUCGCAUUUCACUUCCGUCACGAUUUUGAGGACAUGGCGCUGAGAACCCGACUACUAAAUGGCUUGGCACAAACGUUUAUAAGAAUUGCRUGUGAAAAACAAAUAGCUGUAGUCCUUAUGAACCAGAUGACAACUCGUUUACGUCAAAAUCAAGUGGGUCAAUCACACCUCAUUCCCGCUCUAGGUGAAAGUUGGGGCCAUGCUAGUACUAUACGUGUUGUGUUAUACUGGGAAAACAAGCAAAGACUGGCAACUUUGUACAAAUCACCAACGAAACAAGAAAUGACUGUUCCCUUUCAAGUUACUUUUAGUGGAAUUCGUGACUCAUGGGAACCACCGGAUGACUCAAAUGCGAAGCGCAAUGGCCACGACGWGUCUACUGAGUCACAAUGCGAGAGUAUUGUAGAGAAACCAGCUGAAAGUCGAAAGAGAACUUUUGAUGAUAUUAGUUAGCACUUAGUUUUCUCCGCACGUCGUUUACUUUUCUAGAUCUUGAAGGUUGUAUAGGAAGUUUAAAGUUAUAUCAGUGUCAGCCAUUUUGGUCUAUUGGUAUUUUUUCAUUCCUAAUGAAAUAAAAGCAUGAAUUGAA